AUGACGCCCCUCGAACGCUUCAGCAAGUGGGUCCAGCUCAAGAUCUACCAGACCGAGGUGACCUACAGCGUCUACAUCUUCACCCCGGCCGAGAAGUUUGUCUUUUACAGCGUCGUCUUUUUGCUCUUCGCCCUCACGUCCAUCGCCACCUUUCUGUACCUGCCGCGGUACGUCGCCUUCCUCAUCGGCCGCGCCUGGUUCUACGCCCACGGCGACACCCUCGACGCGAGCACCAUCCUCGAGGCCACCACGGCCGCGGCCGGCAAGGCAGCAGAGGCGGCGGCAACCGUCGUGCGGGAGCUGUGA